UGAGUUUUUCUGAAAUGCAAGUACCUUUCAGAGUAAAAUUAAGGGCAAAGCCCCACAUACGUCUGAUUCAGUUAUGCUUUGAAAAUGUCGGUAGUCGAGGAAAGGAAAAACGUUGCAUUUGUUAUACAUGUUCUCGCAAUAUUCAACUUAGGCAUGGUCGUCUGCAAUAAAAUCAAUAGCCCCGGGUGCGGAGUAUCUAAGCCCGUGGUUGCCAGGAUAAUUGGCGGUACAAAAAUUGAGAGGACACAAAUUCCCUGGAUGGUGCAACUAGAAGUGACCUACCGAUGGAAUGUCACUGCCUUCGUCAGCAUGUCAUGCGGUGGCAGCAUCAUAUCCCCAAGCUUCAUACUGACUGCUGCGCAUUGUGUUCAUUACGUGAACGCUCGUCCUAUUUUUGCGCGGGCCUUUUACAACACCACGGAAGCUAGUCAUGGCCCGUACGUGUGGGUUGAAGAUAUGAUCCAUCAUCCAAUGUUUCAGUGGACGACGUUAAGGAAUGAUAUCGCCCUCAUCAAAGUGGAGAAACCGCUGAGUUUUGACGACCAUGUGAAGCCAGUUUGCCUGCCUCAUAAACGGAUGCACCUGGACGGAGAACGAGGCAUGGUUUCUGGCUGGGGCCUUACAGCAGAAAAUGGCACUGCAUCCCAUGUCUUAAUGUACGUAUUUAAAAGGAUCCUGUCAAUUGAAGAGUGCAAGUUGUUCUUGGAAUUACCUGAACAGACAGAAGCUCUGAAAAAGGACAAUAUAUUGUGCGCCAUGAUGCCUGGCAAAGGCAGCUGUCAAGGCGACUCGGGCGGCCCCCUUACAGUGAUGUCGAUGAACAGACGAUCAGUGCAAGUCGGCAUCGUCUCUUAUGGCAGGGGAUGUGGCAGGUCUAAUGAGCCGGGUAUAUACGCACGUGUCGAUAACUACGUAAGCUGGAUACGGCAGGUGAUGCGGAGCUCAAGACGUCCUCGCUGGCGGCUGCCAACGGUGAUGGAAAUGUUAUUGCAAUAUGUGAUUUCGCUAGGCUGACGAUAUAGCCAAUCCCUGAAGAUAACAUUCUCUUUCGUGCACUUUGUUUGUUGUUACGCUUGGAGUGAAACCAAGGAUUUACACCGUGUCUAGCACAACUUCAUUCUAAAACUUCGUAUCCUGCCCACAGACGCGCCGUCUUCGGUAAGUCGUCAGACAAUAAAGCAACCAUAUUGACCCCAACAUAAAAAAAGAAAGCUACUUCGAAGAUGCAUACCUAUCGGAACAGCUCACACAUUAAAGACAGCGAAGCUGUAACUGCAAUUCUGACACCCUUCGGAACUAUUACAAUAAUAUUUUCCCCUGCCAAAAAAUCUGCGCAGACCUUUGAGUACGCUGCACUAGAUCGGGUACCAUUCUUUCGCUCUACCCCAGCACUUCUACAUGCUCCACAACAUCUUUCCCUUACAGUUACAUAAAAAUGCAGUAGGCCAUGAAUGCAUUUGUAUGAACGAAUAAUAAACUUAUUGUGAACUAAAAACCACCGACGAGAUGCCUAAAUUUUUUUGUCAGUUUAUGCCCUUUCUACCUGACCUCCAU